CAAUGACAUUUGAAAAAUUGCUAUUUUUAAACGUUUUUAUUGAAAUUCAAAAAAGACUUUGAAAUGAGUGAAUUUAAAUUACAGCACAUUGUAGCUGAUUUACUUAACACUUUAGGUGGCAAAGUCAAUCCCAACAAGUUGGUUGAAUAUUUACAAGAAAGCCAAACAGUAGAUUCAGGUGGUUGUAUAGUAAUUGCCCAGAAUCAUUUAGCAAGACUUUCUCAAGAUAUUCCAGAUUCAAGUGCAUUCCUGGCCAAAUAUAACGACUUGAAAGAUAAGAAUGUGGAUUCGUUAGAUGCUUUUGUUCAGUUACUUGAUCACAUAUCACAGGACAUCAGUUUAAAGGAAUUUUUAAUUAAGAGUAAUAGACCAUCACUAUCAGCAACAACAGAAUUAACUAAAGAUAAUUUACCCCAAAUAAAAAAUCGUUUGAAAAAGGCUGUAACAAAAAAAUCAACCAAAGAUGACUCUUUGAAGUCUAUAUUAAAUACAACACCAACAGUUCCUUUAGCAAGCACCCCUACAGUAGUCUCAUGGGUGCAAAGACGUCCGAACAUGACCUGGGAUUUUUCUCCUACAAUUAGUCAUCAAUCUGUUCCAACAGUACCUGCAGUGUCACAAGAAAAUAUACUAAUUGAAGAUAUAUUGAAUAUUUUGAUAGGUCUACCAGGAGGUUACAUUGAACCAGAAGAAUUGAAGGAUCUGUAUGGUCCCAGAACAUUUAAAAUAAAUGAUAAUGUUCCUUUAUCACUUAGAGAACUAAUUAAACAAAUAUUACCACUAGCCAGUCAUUAUUCUAUAAUCCAAAGGUUUACCGAAGAAAAAAUGAGAUUUGAAUUCGGACAAGUGAACAACGCUUUGGCUGAAGCAAUGCAAAAUAUCAUCAAAGAACAUAUGCUUUUUACAAUACAACUAGAAAGUGAAUUCAGAUCAUCAAACUUGAGUAUACAAAAACUUUGGUUUUAUGUUCAGAGAAAUAUGCAGAGUUUGGGGAUUGCAGCUAACAUAGCCUCAACAAUUAGUAAGUCAGACGCAAAAGGGGGGAAAGUUUUGAGUUUACUUCAUGAUCAUGUUGUUGGUUCAAUUGGUGACGAAAGAGCUCAAUUAUUAUGUUUAAAAUUGAUGGAAGCAGCUUGUUAUCCAUAUAUGAAAAUGUUAGGAAUGUGGAUAUACAGAGGAAUAAUAUCAGAUCCAAUAAACGAGUUUUUGAUUGAAGAUAAUGAGGUAGUUCAAAGAGAAGAUAUGCCUGUUGACUAUUCAGCUGAUUAUUGGGAAAAGAAAUAUGCGGUUUGUAGAGAGAGAAUACCCAAGUUUUUAGAACCAGUAGCAGAUAUUAUUCUUAAAGCUGGAAAAUACUUAAACGUGAUUAGACAGUGUGGGAAACCAGUUAAGAACAAAGUCUUGCCAAUUCAGUACAAAAUAGAAGAAAAACAUUAUAUAGAAGCUAUUGAAAAAGCUUAUAUGUUUGCCAGUCAGACACUUUUAGAUUUAGUUAUUAAAGAAAAAGAUCUCCUAGGAAGGUUAAAAUCAGUUAAACAUUAUUUUUUACUUGAUCAAGGCGAUUUCAUAGUCACUUUUCUCGGUUUAUGCGAAAAGGAGUUGGGAAAAUAUUCAGUUGAUGUUCAUCAAAGUUGUAUUGAAUCCCUAAUGGAUUUGGCAUUAAGAUUAUCGAGUGCCAUUGAUGAUCCUUAUAAGGAUGAUUUAAGAACUGAAUUAUUGCCAUACGAUUUGCAAUUUCAGAUGUUCAAGAUUCUUAGUAUUCAAACCAAUUCGGAACAAGUAUAUUGGUCUGUUGCUGAACAAGAGAAAUUAUUGAUGAUCCAGUCAUUCUCCUUUAGCUAUGAAGUUCAUUGGCCUCUGUCACUAAUUCUCAAUAGAAAAUCAUUAGCCUGUUAUCAAAUGAUAUUUCGCCAUUUAUUUUAUUGCAAAUAUAUCGAGAGAAUGAUUUGUCAAGUUUGGAAAUCUAAUAAGGUGGCGAAGAAGUUUCCAUUUGAUGAUGCUCAACAUUACCGAGCGGCUUUUGCAUUGAGACAGAGAAUGUUACAUUGUAUACAAAAUUUAGAAUAUCACAUGAUGGUGGAAGUCAUUGAGCCUCAUUGGUGUACAUUUUUGAAUAAAAUAGCUAAGGUUCAAAAUGUAGAUGAAAUACUUUCAUGCCAUUGGGACUUUUUGAACAGUUGUCUUAAAGACUGCAUGUUAACUAUUCCGCCGAUUCUAAGUACAAUUAUGAAGUUAUUGAGUAUUUGUGAAGAAUUUUGUGAAUUUGUGCAGCAGAUGCAUCGAUAUUUUGUGGAAGCAGAAUUGGGUACAUUGCCCAAUUCUUUAUACGAAUCUUCUACACAGAAUGAACUAGUAUUUCAAGGAAAUUGCGAACCCACUGAACCUACUCUUAGUUUUAAAGAAAAAAUUGCAAUAUUCGACGUUUCAUUUUCUGGAGCUUUAAUAAGAUUAUUAGACCAAAUCAAUGAACUUAAUAGAGACACCAGUGAACACGAGAGAUUAUUCAAUUUGCUUUACAGAAUCCUUGCUCUUUGUCCUUCGAUAGAUGGUCGUCCUUAUGUUCCCAAUAACCCAAGAAUAACCUAAUCGACAAAGUCCAGUGGUUAGAUUUCAAUUCGUUCUACAGUGGUCAAUUGAAAAAGAUCGGCUUGGAAAGAUUUGUCAAAGAUUCUUCAGGAUAACAAAAUAUUCGCGAAAAUUACGGAGUGGGCGACAUCUGUUAAUUUUCUUUCAAACUUUGAUAGGGGUGAACAACAAAGCCAGAGUACGAACUAAUGUUUUUGUUUUAUCAAUAAUAGAAAGUGUUAUUUAAAAUUUAAAUAGUAAAGUAAUACACACUUAACGGUGAAAGUGCUUAUAUGUUCAAGUCUCUUUCUCCCGUACUUACAUGAACAAUUGCAUUUCCAAUCUAUAACUACAUCAAUCAGAUUAAUUGUUAUCUCAUGAGGCUGGGAAGUCAUACCUGACCUCUGUAGAUACAAACUCCAAUAUAUUCCAUGAUGUUAAAAAGGGAUACUUCAAUUACUUCAACUUUUUGUUCUAACCACACAAACAAGUUUAGGAAAUAACGAAUAAUGAAAAAAUAAAGAAAAUCUUAGCCAAAACGCUAAAAACAUAAAAAACUAAACAUCAAACACUUUUACAGUAUUGUUGUUUAUCGCUAUAGAAGCCAAAUUCAGCGCCACCUGGUGACUCCUAAUUUUUUCCAUUUUCGAUAUUAUGUUAUAUUCUUUAUCAAUAUAAAAUAAUAUAGAAACGAUAUGAUGUGUGUUAUGAAAAGAUCUGUUAUUCUUUUUAUUUAUGUUUUCAAUAGAUAAGUAUUUGUCAUUGUAUUAAGUAUUAUUAUGAUAA